CGUUGGUACAUGUACCAGCCCGCCUUCCUUGUCAUCUUUUGCCCUUCCACGUCCUCAUUCCAUUUUCACAUAGCCUGGUAGCUCGUUGGGACCUCGUCAAUAUGCCCAAAGCUCCUCCUGGACCGGCAGAGUUUCGGCCGCCGUCGCGUUUACGACGCGUGCGCGGGUACGAGUCUUUAGCUGAGGUCACGCGCGCGACCCCACAGCCUUCCGUUCAACUCAACUCCACGCCCAACAGUGUUCCGCAAAACCCGAUCCCGCUUCCCCGGCCGACAGUUCGAUUCCGCCUGCAGCUGUCGCCCUCGGCCGGUGCACCGAUGGCAUCAGGCAGCGCUUCUGUUCGGAACUCGCAGCCUCCAACUUCUAUCCUGCGCCACUCCCCAGCAUCUGACGAUGCGACAUCGGACUCUGUCAACGGCCCCACCCUAUCUGAGAGGGACGCCUUGUGGCCGGCAGCGGAGCCACAGAUUGCCACCUUCACUCCGCAUUUCGUCACACCCCUCACUCAGAAGUCGACUGCGUCUCAGACAUUUCCCGCGACUGCUUUCAUGGCGAGGCGUUCCAGAGCCUCUUUCGACCUCUCUUCCCUCUCCUCCAGGGCCUCUUCUGCCAAUGACGCCAUCGUCGGUUCCUCGUCACCUACCAGUUGCCUUUUUUCCUCUGUCUCGACGAGUCCUGCAGUGUCGCAGGCGGUGACGACAAGUGCGGUUCCACCAUCGACCAGACCAUCACUUCCUAUACAUGAAGCAAAGGUUCCCCACUACAUGCUGCCGCCGGCAAUCUCGUCCGUCAACGUCCAAGACCGUAUGACAAUGCGCGCGGAGGUGCUUCGGCACUUCAAGACGGUGUGUUCCGACAACGACGCCGAGUUCAUCACGGCAGUUUGGGAGGGACACCGGGCCGUCGUUUACUAUCGUCGAGAGUUACCGCUUUCAUUCUCACGAUUUCGCUUGUUUACGAAGUACAGCAAGCGUGACGCAAACAAGAGGUUUGUGCGCGCGCGGAAGCGUCAGACGGGGGCGGAAAUGGGGCCGGCGCAAAUACAAGGCGCGAGCUCUAUUUGCCUUCGGUCUCAGAUCGAGAACCUUAGGCGUCUCGUGGAGUAUGUCAACGGGGAGAGCGCCACCGGGCAUGAGGCAGUAUAAAAACUCUCGGCGAGUUGUGUCCCAUACAGUA